GUGUCGCUGGCUGCUGCAGUCGAGUGUUGAUCUUUGUUGUUAAUUUACAUUUAUAUUUGUUAUAAAGGCUAAAAAAUCAAUAUAUAUCCGAAUUAAUUCUUAUAUUUAUCUAAUAUGGUUUUGGUAAAAACGUUUUUAUUAAUAUUAAUAGCGACAAACUAAAAUCGCUCAGUGAUUUUUAAUUUUUACGAUGUGAAAUCGACAGUCUGACGACCAAUGGCCACCCAAUAAUUAAGUGUUAACCAUGUCGUCAGUGGGGCAGCUGGUGCCUCGGGUGACCAAAGGUCCGCCCAACAUAACCAUCCCAUACAAUGGGCCGCAGGUAGAGGGCUCCUUUUGUUUAGCUCUCAACUUCAACUUUGAUCCAACCAUCAGCGUAAUAUGUGCCAUGUAUAUUGUCUUUGGACUCGUAUAUACAAUAUUCGGGUACCGAUGCUUCAAAGCUAGCAUGUUUUUGACUGGAUUCACUUUUGGCUCUGCGAUUGUUUACCUCAUCUGCCUGCAGGAACAUCUAUUACCACCAUACGGAAAUGUUGCUGUUGCCGUAUGUGCUGGCCUCCUCUUCGGUCUAAUCACGAUGCUUAUCCAGUACGUUGGGCUGUUCAUGACGGGAUUCCACACCGGUCUGCUGCUCGCUCUAGCCGGGCUGGCGAUCUACGACCACUUCCUGGACAACAGACCUACAACGUAUUGGCUGUGUGUUGUCUCACUGCUUCUAAGCGGCAUAUUCUUCGCUGUUCUCAAUCUGUAUUGGAAAAAAGUGAUGACAAUAUUCGGGACGAGCGUGUACGGUGGUGCGGUGAUAGCGACCUCCAUUGACUACUUCCUAGAGAGGAUGAUGAUGCUCAAAUGGCUGUGGGAGCGUGCGAAGCUGGAGCCGGCGGUUGCGCCGCCCUGUAAGCUGUCCUGGCUGGCUCUGGCGGCUUGGCCCGCUGCAGCCAUCGUGGGUUUCACGGCACAGUGCGCGCUCACCGCUACAGGGAUAUACCAUGAGCAGAGUAUCGGAGCACAAAAGCGUCGCAUGAAGGCUCAGCAGUCUCGGCCAAUCACACGCGAGCAGCGCGCCGAGAUGAAACAGAGGAAGUAUCGCUAUCUCUAUCAAGUGAGGACCGCCCACGGCGAUGUUAUAUCACAGUCCUACGUCCAAGCGCUACAGAAGAAGGCCCAAUGCGGCAACUGGAGCGGCGGCGCGGGAGGGGAGUGUAGUACGCUGCAGAGCGACUCCACGCACCUCACCGUGCUGGCGCCGAGCGAGCCGCACCACACCGACUCUGACGACGACCUGCACCAGAUACGGGCGGCGCGCUAGUGUGCAGCCAAUUGGUUCUAAGACAAGGUAUUUUAAGUUUCACUAUGUAGACACUCAUCAUAAAAAAAUAUUAUUAUACUAUAUUAUUAUCAACACAUAUUCAUUAUUGAUUGUAUUAUUAAUAAUUGUAUGUGUGACAUGAGUUCAAGGCCUAGUUUUAUAUGAUUUACUGUAAUUUUUACCUCUUUUAU